AUGUUGGAAUAUUUCACUCGCGGCUUGCAUCAGGCGGCAGACGAGCUCGGAGUGCCUUUCUUUCUGUCCGCCAUGCAUUUUCUGUCGUUCGUCACGCUGCCUCUCUUCCUCCCAGCUCUUCUCCUUUCCACCAUGGCUACUCUCCUCCUUCCUCUCGCCUCCUCAUGGCCUCUCACCUACCUCCGUCAAUUUCCGUCAAUCGGUCUUCACGUUGACAGCAUCGUCGUUCUUUUAGGAAAGAUUUCAGAUCAGAAAUGGACGAGCGACGCGGCGACGAUUUUCCGUAACCCGUCCUCGUCUUCGCCGGCUGGCGAAAGGAUUCGCGACCGGCGCACGCGUUCCUGGGACAAAUUUCUAACAGAUAACAUCUCGGCUACCAUUCGUCCUCUCCAUACAACUGGAUCUGCUGCUAAUUCCGACCAUUCUUCUUCUUCCUCUUCCGUGGAACGCGCUUUGUGUCAGUCUCUCUGCCUGAUGACGGACCUUCCGUCCAGCUCUCCCAAGUACGGCUUCAUCCGGAGUGUCGCGGAGGAGCUGCUACGAGCCAACGACAGCUCCAAGGAUGCCAAUCUCUCUGAAGCCAAUCGUCGAGCGCUUCUCCAGGCGUUUUCCCGGACCAUUUCGCGCCUCGAGAGCUCCUUGAAACGCGGACAGGCGUCCGCGUUUGGACUGACCCAGAUUCUGGAUCAGGUUUCUCGCGGCGCGGCUGCUGCUGCUGCAGUGGCCGUCGCCGCAAGCGGCGGAGGAGGCGGAAUCAGCGGAAGCGGCGGAAAUGGGGAAAUUCGGCGGAUGGCUGGCGGAAAUGGCGGGGAGCAUCCUCACGCGGAGAAGCUGUCUCAGGAGCUUCUAUGGUUGGUUCUGAAGCUCCAGGGUCGGAAGGGAAUCGAACAAGUGGUGGAGGUUUGGGCGGAGGCUCGGGUUCUGUCUGAGCUGGCAGUACGAUCUUCGCCACGUGUACAGCUGAAUCUUCUGAAGCUGACGUGUAUUGUCCUGGAUUUGGUAUCAUCCCACGUGGUGACAUGUGACGUUAAGUCCCAGGAGCAUCUGCUGCUGCACUGGAUGCCGUUGCUUUGUCAGUGCCCAAACACAUCUGACGGCCUGCUCUCCACUGAUAGUAACCGACAGAGGACGGAGGAGGACAUGUGCACGAUGAUAGCUCGCCUGCCUGCUGCAAGCCAGGAGCUCGUGUACGUGGCAUGGCUGCAUGAGUUCACGUGGUCAACCUCUGAUUGGCCAAACCUGCACCCUGCCUUCCUCCACUGGUGUGACACUUCUCGGACUAACCCUGACCAAGUUACCACUAACCACGGUGAAGCUAGCCAAGCCUUGCAGCAAUCUCUUGUCAGCAUGUAG